GUUUUGUGUUGAAAACAAACAACACUUUUGGAGACCGAGUGUACGAUAGACUGACUCUAAGUCUACUCUAACUCUAACUGUAAUCGCAAUUCAAUUAGUUUUCAUUCAUUUGCUAGCAUUGAGUGAAGACAUGCUUUCAGUGUUGAGUCGAUUGAGAGCCCCGUCUUUGGCGGGUGUCGUACACCGAUCGCAUCCAUUCACACCUAAUUUUUGUCUGAAGAAAGCAGUGGAUGUGACCAGAAGUGUGAGCCAAUCAACUGUAGGACACAUACAAGAAGUGUCGCCAAAACACACGAAAGCCGUCGGCGUAUGGCUCAUGACAUGCGGAGGCCUGACAUUCGUG